AUGAUUUUAUUUUUUUAUUUAUUUUUAUUAAAACACAUGAGCUUGUUUGAUGAAAUCAAAUUGCUGAAAAUUAAUCUUAGAUAUGCCUGGAAAUGGAAACUUAAAGAAGAUUUCUGUCUUAUUUGCCAACAAGACUUUUAUUCU